AUGCCCUUCUUCAAGUCUUCCAAGUCUACUUCCACCAAGUCUACCGUGACUUACAAGCACGCCAAGCCUGCUAAGAGCACCAUCACCACACAUGAAGCAUCAUCAAAGUUGAGCUUCGAUACUCUGCUCUCGGAAGACUACACUUGCAACAAAGAUUGCAGUAAGUCCGCCCAGACAAGCGCUGCGUAUCACAUGAGCAAAUGGGAAGUCAGGUCUCUCGCCUUGCUUGCUCGAAAUUAA